GACCAUCCAUUCGAUUACGUCUUCAAACUACUGGAGAUUGAGCUUGGCUUUAUGUAUGAUGUACUGUACACAAAGGCAAACGUGGUGUAUUCUCUCACAGGUAUUAUUUUCCGCUCCAUCAGCCUUGUUUGCUGCAUUUCCAUAUUUUUCGUCUUUUGUCUCGUCAUUGAUAAGCAUCGUUAUUCAACCAUUGAUGUGGCUAUCACUUACUUGUUGUCUGUUGGAGCCAUUGCCCUUGAGCUAUAUGCUAUCGCUGCACUAGUUCUCACAGAUUGGACACAAUAUUGAUUAAGCAAGUAUAAACAUUGGUUAAGCCAGCCUAAAUAUUGGUUAAUCAAGCAUCUACAUACGCUUGCUCCACCUAUGUAUCGAGCAAUCUCUUACUUCUGGUUGAAAUUGAGCUAUGAAAAAGGGUGGUCUGGAACGAUGACACAAUUGAAUCUCAUUGAUUUUUGUCUAAAAGAGAAGCCCGUAAAGUUUGGUGGAAUUCAAAAGUUCAUUGGCACCUAUGACAUUUGGGAGAAGUACUGCUAUUCAAAAUGAAACAGUUUAUCUUUGAGCAACUCGAUGUUGCUCGAAGCCAAAGUUAUGUUAGCCAAGUGUUGAGUUGGAGAGGUGAUCAAGUGCUAAAGAAGACAAAUUGUGAUGAAAAAUUGAAUUGGAGCUUGGUUGAAGUACCUUUCGACCAGAGCAUUCUUCUGUGGCACAUAGCGACGGAUUUGUGCUACUAUACUGACCUAGAAAAAUAUCAGGAGAUCCCUACUCCCGAUUCGAAACACAAUUUCAGCAAGUUGGUCUCGAAUUACCUGAUGCACAUUCUCGUGACUCGCCCUUUCAUGUUGCCAAAGGGAAUUGGGAAAAUUAGGUUCCGGGAUACUUGUGCUGAGGCCACAAAAUUUUUUGAGAAGAGAAGAAGUAUCAUAAGUGAUACUAAUGGAAAAGGCCGUGCCCGUCAAGUGUUGCUUGAGGUGAACACAGACGUGGAUCCAGAGAGCGUGAUUGGGGAUAGAAGCAAGACAGUAUUGUUUACCGGGUGUAGGCUUGCAAAACAGUUGCAAUCACUUGAAACAAAGGAAGGAUGGGGAAAUGAAGAGAAAUGGGAAAUGAUAGCUAAGGUGUGGAUAGAGAUGUUGUGCUAUGCAGCAAGCCAAUGUGGAUGGAAUGAGCACGCCCAACAUCUUAGAAAGGGGGGAGAGCUUCUUACUCAUGUUUGUCUUCUCAUGGCAAAUUUUGGUUUGAGUGAACAAUUUCAGAUAAGAGUAGGGGCGCCAAGAAUAUCUAUCGAAACCAGGGGGUGAGUGAGAGUGAGGCUAUCUGCCUCUGAGCAGAUCUGUUUGUACUUGAAUUUAUUUUGAUUUGCAAAGUAUAGUUUGAAUAUUUAAGACACGCCUUGCAUUUCAUGCUAGCUACAACACUAGUACAGUAGUAUAUCUUGGACAAUGGAGUCGUGUUCAUCAGCCAAAAUAAAUC